UCCAAUAGGUAUGUUUGAGCUAGUACAUAAUAAUUAGUAAAUCAAUCAAAAUAGUUAUAGAGAGAGAGAGAGAGAGAGAGAGAGAGAGAGAGAGAGAGAGGAAAUGGGUUCUAGCAGGCUGCAAAAGAGGAUAGCAUUGCGCCGAAAGCUUCACAUUCUCCGGGCCCUUAACACUUCUUCCAAAUCACAUGUGAAGAGCAGCUCAACUAUUCUCAUGAACACGUUCCUCUACAUUUACUUAUUGAAGCUCAAACUAGAAGCGGUUAAAAGAGUAUACUCAAAUCUUUUGGCCAUAAAAAAUGACUACUUAAACCUGACAAAGAACUUCCACGUGCCUAAGGAAGUGAAGGUGGAGAAAACAGAAGAAGGGUCGUUUGAUGUGAGGGUGAGAUGCGAGAAAGGAGAAGAUACUCUUGUUUCGGUUCUUGAGGCUUUUGAGGAGAUGAAUCUUUCUGUGUUGCAAGCUAGUGUUUCAUGCGAAGAUAUUUGGUUUUCCAUGGAAGCUACUGUUGUUGCUCAAACUCAUGAUCAUCAUGAUGACCAAGCCAGCUUGAAUGUCAAAUCCAUCACGCAAGCCAUCACCAAGGCUAUAAGCCAUCACUAA